AUGGACGAGGUCCCUUUGCUGAGGCGGGAAGGCUGCCUGCUGGGGGGUCUGCAGCCAGAGCAAAACUGGCAGUGUGCCUGUGUGUUCAAGGAGCAAGGAGAUGAGUUCAUGGUGAUUGGCCCCUCGGACCCCAUUGUGGCAGUGCUGCGUGGGGACGUCACACUGCCGUGUAGUGUGUCCCCAGCCAUGAACGUGAAGAACAUGGAGCUGCGGUGGUUCCGCUCCAAGUUUUCAGACGCAGUGUUCAUCUAUCAAAACCAGCAGGAGCAGAGAGAGGAGCAGUUGGCCUAGUACACAGGGUGGACCUCACUAGUGAAGGAAUUCCUCACCUGGGGGGAGGCUGCUGUUCGCAUCCACAAUGUCCAGGCUUUUGACAACGGGCUGUAUACCUGCUUCUUCAGAAAGGGAAGCUUCUGUGAAUCUGCCAGUUUGGAACUGAAGGUGGCAGGUGUGGGCUCUGUCCCUCAAGUGCACAUCCAAGGGCCAGAGGAGGAUGGGGUCCGAGUGGUGUGUAAGGCGUCGGGGUGGUUUCCAAAGCCCCACGUGCGGUGGAAAGCUCUCAGUGGGGAAAAGUUCUUGACAUUUUCUGAGACCCAUGCCCAAGAUUCUGAAGGGCUGUUCAGUGUGGAGGCCACUGUAGUUGUGAGGGACAGCUCUUCAGGGAAUGUGACCUGCUCACUCCUCAACCCAAUCCUGAGCCAGGAGAAGGCGAUGGCUAUUAUCAUCCCAGAUGAACUCCAAGAAGAUCUUGCCUGGAGGAAAUCUGUCUACCUGGCUGGUGAGUGA